AGGUGUCACUUUGUAGGCCCAACCCCCUCUAACCUGCAAUUUACAAUAGCCGCCCUGGUAUGCGAGAAGGAGGUAGAACGGGAAUGCCUGUUCUCAGUGAGCCCUCACCCUCUGGAAUCCAUACUGUGAGCUGGCUUUGUUUUGCAGAAGUCUUGAGGAAGUGGCUGGCCACCCUUUGUGACACUAACAGCAGACAAAUUAACAACAUUCUUGAGCUAAUGAAUUUCUUCCUGGGCUAGAGAAGUUGUGAGAACUGGUUGUGAUUAUUUACUUCACUUAGAUAGUUUUAGAAUAAACAUUGUAGUCUGUCACGUUGUAGCUUGCCACAAAGAAUGCCUUUUCACUACUUAAUUAUCUGGGCUCUGUGAAUUGAUCGGGUUUACUAUAUAUGAAUCCUAAAAUAAAGAUUGUGCGUACAGUGCGGUACAGUGCAGUGCAGUGCAGUGUAACGCGGUGCAGACAGCAAAGGUGUCUCUCCUGUCUUUCUUUUCCAAGCGCUGUACCCCCCGUGUCCCGACAAGGCGUGCGUGUUUACCUUGCCCGGAGUUCAGAGUGCUCUAGACACUCACGACAAGUGGCGCCCGAAUUCAGGGACUCCGAAGGUCGCUUAGGAAGAAAAUGGAAUUCAGCAGUGGGUCCCUGGACGAUGGAUCAGGACCCGCGUCUCCAGAUCCUGUUCACCAGCCCCGGAGACAACUCCCCAAGGAACCGGAACCGUGCCUUCAGAAGCGAGCGCGAAACCAGCUAGAAGCUGAGGAUGCUGAGUUUGUUCCUAUCGCAGCCAUGGCCAGAUUAAAGCUAAGAAAAUCCCGCCGCUCACAGCGACCAAAUUUAAAUCCCCUCCCUACAUGGGGACAAUUAAAGAAAUUGACCAUAGAAGGGCAACGGCUUGUCCUUCAAGCAGGAAAGCCUUUAAACCCUGAAAACUUGUUUUUAGCUUUAUGUGCCUUGCUCACUGUUGCAUCGGGGACUGAGUCUUCCAGAUCCAAAGAAAAUAACUGACGGAGCUCCUAUAUUUCAACAAAAGACGGCUCUCUUGUGGUGGGGAGAUGGUGGAAUCGCUAACCCUGCUGUUGCAGCCGAAGAAUACCCUCAUCACCUUCAAAAUCAUAUUUGGAAGAUCCCAGCCGCUAUGCAACCUGUAACCUUGUACAAUGUUUCAUAUUCAGGGACUAGUCGAUCUGUAUCUACUACUUAUAAUUUUACUAGGUUUAAAAUGUAUAAUAUUACUGUUUGUGCACCUCUACCUUAUGUCUUUUUAGUGGGAACUUUUAAUUUUACACAUUUUUCUUGUACUUGUUUAAAUUGUCAAUUGUUUACAUGCUUAAAUAGCACACUAAAUUUCACUAAGCCUUAUACAGUUAUGCUGUUACAACAAAAAACUCAUAUUUGGUUGCCUGUAAAUUUAACUCGACCUUGGUCUCAAGACCCGGUAAUUUCUGUUACUACUGAAUUUUUUAAACAUCUGUUAAAACGUACAAAAAGAUUUAUUGGAAUAGUGGUUGCUGUACUGUUAAGUCUGAUAACUGUAGCCUCUCUAGCAGCAGUCUCAGGAGUAGCUUUACAUACCUCUUUGCAAGAAAAACAUGUUGUCGAAUUAUGGCAUGAGAAUUCUCAUGAACUUUGGUUAACUCAGUGGCAAAUAAACGCCAAACUACAACAACAAAUAGACCUCCUUAAACAAACAGUUGAAUGGAUGGGUAGAAAAAUAUUGGCUCUUCAGCAUCAAGUGUUUUUAAAAUGUGAUUGGAAUUCAACUACUUUCUGUAUAACCCAACGACCUUAUAAUCAGACAGAACUUGAAUGGGAAAUGAUUAGAAUGUAUUUAAAUGGAAACACCUCUGCCCAGGAGGAAAUAGAAUCUUUGCAUAAUCAAAUUGACAAGGAUUUUGCAAAGCAAAAUGAUGAUGAAUCUCUAGCACAAUUCGCGCAAUUGCUUGCUCAAUCUUUGAAAGGAUUAGAUUCCAAAGGAAUCUGGCAGAGCAUUACCCACACUUUUAGUGGCAUGGGACUUAGUUUAAUUAUAGUUCUCAUUGCCAUAGUUCUUGUGUAUUUUUACUGCAUAAGACGAAAUGCUAUUAAUAACCUGAUCUUAUGGAAAUUGUUGUUAAAAAAUAAAAAGGAAGGAAGUGUGGGGGAUGAGGUGUCACUUUGUAGGCCCAACCCCCUCUAACCUGCAAUUUACAAUAGCCGCCCUGGUAUGCGAGAAGGAGGUAGAACGGGAAUGCCUGUUCUCAGUGAGCCCUCACCCUCUGGAAUCCAUACUGUGAGCUGGCUUUGUUUUGCAGAAGUCUUGAGGAAGUGGCUGGCCACCCUUUGUGACACUAACAGCAGACAAAUUAACAACAUUCUUGAGCUAAUGAAUUUCUUCCUGGGCUAGAGAAGUUGUGAGAACUGGUUGUGAUUAUUUACUUCACUUAGAUAGUUUUAGAAUAAACAUUGUAGUCUGUCACGUUGUAGCUUGCCACAAAGAAUGCCUUUUCACUACUUAAUUAUCUGGGCUCUGUGAAUUGAUCGGGUUUACUAUAUAUGAAUCCUAAAAUAAAGAUUGUGCGUACA